AUGCCUGCAAUGCCAGGGUCAGAUGCUUGGUGGCCAGCAGGUGAAUGCGAGUGGAAGGUGAAGGAUUUGUGCAGCGGAAACAACCACUCCAAAGAUGCAAACGUGGCUUGCUGGAUCAUGUCUGCAAGUCUAGAUCCCAAGCUGGCAGAAGCUUUUCCGGUUUAUCGAAAGCUCACAUCCGGUGUCUUGCCACGUGAAAAAGAUUCUGCCAGAGAGGGUGCCGACACGAACAUUCAAGAUACUCGAAGAGAGGCGUCAAGCGUGGCUGCGGAGCCCCACCUAUGUAAGUCCAAAAUCAAGCGUGCUUGCAAGUUCAUGGAGAAAUGCAGAGACGUGUCUGUGUGCGACUACUGCCACGAUGAAGCACAUCUCGUGGUCACCAAGCCAAGGUCUGGCCAUGUUUGUCGGUCACUAAUACCACAACCUUGUUAA